GGUAACCACGCGCACGUGCCCCUUAUAAUUACACAUUUAUUCUAUUAUUUCCGGCACACGAGCACACAGAUUACUCCCAGUUUACUCUGGGGACAGAAAUCGAAUUCCACUUGAGUCGCUAGGAAACAAGAAACAAAACUUUAGUUCAGUUCUUCGUUUCAUUACAAUCACAAGUUUAUAUAAUAAACAUAAUAUAAAAUUUCGCAAUGGCUGCGAAUGCAAUCAAUAACUUUUUUGGUGCGCAUUCUCCAAGUUUGGGUUUUGGUGCAUUCGGUGGAUUAGGUCUUGCUUCAUCAACAAAACCACCGCAAUUGGAACGAUAUCAUGAAGAACAUCAUGGAUGGACAUCAAAAGGUCAUUCAAAAGGUAAAAAGGGUAAUGUGGCACUAUCCGCGCUGACAUUACUUGCAUUCCUCUUCUUCCUGCACAUCCUGCAAAAUUGCAUUCAAGAGCAUAUGCAAGAAAUGAAGGGAAAAUACAAAGGAAAUAAUAAUGGCAAUACAACCAUCAAUUUACCGAAUGUGAUUGUAAUCGACAGUAGCAGCAACAGCAACGGUAGAAACAACCCGAAAGGUGAUGAUGGACUACUUCCACUAUCAGAGGAAGAUUUAGGUCAGUGGCCUAUUAAAACGCAUAUGGCGCAGAAAGAAGCGCAGAAUCGCGUGUAUAAACCGCGCGCAAAGAAAACCAACCAGAAAAAACAACAGAAAGAAAAUAAGCAGCAACAAGCGCAGCAUCGGAAUGCACCGACACCAGGAAAAAACACCAUUCAAGGUUUAGCAUAUCCAAUAGAUGCGGCAGAUGUAAACAUACCAAUGCAUCGCAUUGAUAAUAUUCCAUAAUCUUAUCUAGAUACAAAUAGUACUAGAGUGACAAGUGAUCUUUAAACACUCACCACCAAUAACAAACAAAAUAAAUUCACAUAAGUGCAUUGUAGCGUCAUCAAGGCGCUAAUAAAAGAAUUAUUUUUCAAAAAUGCAGUGAGGUUACACGAUAAACUCACUAAUAUCAAAAAACAAGUGCACUUAUACACAAAAACAAAUAUUUAAACAAAAUAAG